AUGCACCGUGCGUUCUCGUUCCCGGUGACUGUGGAGCGCAGUCGGACCAAAGAGCGCCUGGAGGCGAGUCUGGCCGGGCUGUGUGAGCUGGAGCUCCGCAAGCAGAGGCAGGAGUGUCUCGUGCUGGGGGCGCUGGCUCUGGGAGACCCCCUGCCCCAGGACAGUUCCACGGGAGAGCUGGCUUGUUUCAGCAGCUGGGGGCAGGAAAACUUGACACUUAGGCGUCAGCUGAGUGCUCUCCAGAGUUCCCCAUGGGGCCUGAUGCAGGCGCUGGAACAGCAGGUGGGAGAACUGAGGAUCGACACAGACGAUGGCUCUUAUGAUGGCGCUCAAGGAGACACAGGCGACAGUCGGCCGAGUUCUGGUUUCUAUGAGUCGAGUGAGGGUCAGUCGCCAAAAGGAAGGUCUUGUUCCACCGAGCCUGCAGAGACUGUCUCGUCCUGGGCUUACACCAACGACAGGCCAAAGUCUGUGGGAGACCCCAUCAUGGUGAAUGUGGAAGUGGAUAUGCCAGUCCUGCGCACCACCCUUCCCCGCUCUUUCUCUGCCCCUUACCCACCUCUGGAGGGCAUCGCUGAGGAGGGCACAGUAGUGGACACCUGGCAGUGGGACCCUAAUGGAGCCAACCAAGCCUGGCAGCAGCAGCUUGAAGAAGACCAGGUCACUGAGGAGGACUACCAGCAGGCUUUGAGGGUAGAGAAUUACAUCCUAAGUCUCAUCCAUCGUAACACCCUCUCACCACGACCGUGUCAGCCUCGCACCACCCUGAGCCCCGACCCCCCAUAUUGCAGUGCCUCUGGACACAGCUCCCUACACAGGAGAACUCCUUCUCUUACGACAGAGCAACGCCUUCCUGACCCCCAUCUUCAGCCCCACAUUGACCUUUUGGCAAACCCUACGAGCCAGAAUUGGGGUUGUGACCAGCUAGAGGGGGAGGCCUGUGGAGGAGAGACCCCAUCUUUGGAGGAGGACUGUUAUCUGGCUCUGCCCUACCCCCAGUCCAGGCCACACUCUCUGGCUGAGAGGCUACCAUCACCUCUGCCCUCCCUGGACCCCAACUGUGGUGUUGGGGCUCUUGACCUUUGUUGUGAACCCACAUCCCCCCAGCAUUAUCUACAUCCACAGCCCCCUAUUCAUCACAAGCACAAUUUAGUAAGUGCUCAGUAUAUCCCUGGACAAGCUUGCCAUGCCCCUGUGCGCUCCCCCAGACACUACAACCCUGAGCAACCUAAGCCCAACCGAGCUGUCGCCUCUCCUGAGCACCCCAGUUCCAAGUCUAGAACCUCUAAGAAGAACAACAACGAGCGACAGAGAGCCAAGAAAUCAAGCGGAAAAACCAAUCGAUCCCACUCAGAAAACAGCCUCCUGAGCCAACGAGGGCUGCCUGAGCGCAGGUACAGCACCACUGAAAGGCACCAGAGCAGAGGAGAUCUUGCUCAGAGCCAAUGCCAGGUCACUGGACCGCAGGUGGGCAACAACGGCCACAGCCAACGCUGGUGCUCCAACCUGGAGCUCAGCCAGGAUGAGGGGGAAAUCCGUGCAGUGCAGGCACCUAGACGACCACCCCGAAAAACUCGCCAUGGUCACUCAUGUCCCCAUUCGCAACCCCAGAACUACCACCAGCAGCAGCACACCGAACGCUGGCACCCAGACUUUCAGGAGAGAGCACCUCUCUGUCAGGGAGAGGAGGGCUACACUGGUGCUGCCCCCGCCGAGUCCGAGUCCAGCAUGAGUGAGGUGUAUUCCCCAGCCUCCAGCUCACUGUCCAGUGACUCAGAUGAGAGUGGGGGGCUGGUAUGGCCUCAGCAGCUGCCACCACGCCUUGCCUCUACAUCCUCCUCAUCGUCACCUUCACCACAGGCCACUGCCAGUGCUCCCUCUCAACCAAAAGCCUUUGUCAAGAUCAAAGCCUCUCAUGCUCUCAAGAAGAAGAUCCUCAGAUUCCGCUCAGGGUCCCUCAAAGUCAUGACCACUGUAUGAGGACAUGAUCAAACCUGUUUUAAAUCUUUCCUACUGUGUUGUAAAGCCAU